AUGAGCCUGGAAGAAAAACGGCUACCACCCGAUACCAGGCACAGUGCCACGCGGACACCCAACAACCUCUACUACAACCCAACCAACACAACCCACAACCCGGGCCCACCAACACAACCCGCAACCCACAACCCGGGCCCACCAACACCCACAACCCACAACCCGGGCCACCAACACAACCCGCAACCUACAACCCGGGCCCACCAACACAACCGCAACCCACAACCCGGGCCCACCAACACAAUCCGCAACCCACAACCCGGGCCCACCAACACAACCUACAACCCUCAACCCGCCACAACACAACCUACAACCCGGCCCACCACACAACCCGCAACCACAACAAACACAAAAACCCUCAACCCGGGCCCACCAACACAACCUAAAACCCUCAACCGGCCCACCAACACAACCCACAACCCGGCCCACCAACACGUCCCACAAACCCACAACCCGAGCCCACCAACACAACUCACAACCCACAACCCGGGCCACCAACACAACUACAACCAACCGGGCCCACCAACACAACCUACAACCGGGCCCACCAACAACAACCCACAACCACCACAAACCCGCAACCCACAACCCGGGCCCACCAACACGUCCACAACCCACACCCCGGGCCCACCAACACAACUCACAACCCACAACCCGGGCCCAACACAACCCGCAACCCACACCCGGGCCCACCAACACAACCCACAACCCGGGGCCACCAACACAACCUACAACCCGGACCCACCAACACAACCCACAACCCCGGACCCACCAACACAACCUACAACCCGG